AUGGUAGCCUCACAGUACGAUAGCUUUCAGCUGGAGAAGAACCUGGGACACAAUCCACCCUUCGACGUCGGCGAACAGCGCUACGCCGAGGGCUUUGCUGCGCGUACACGAAAGCUGACGUGGUCGCUGAGGAGCGCUUGGCCCUCAUCUGGCUGGCAGAAUGCCGUGUUCUCCUGGGCUUGCUACGAGCAUGCUACCAGCCUGAGCCGAGCCGGCUUUGACGAGCAUGCUUGUGGCCAGAAUGCCACCACACUGGACUCUGCCACUCUCCAGUUCCUUGGCCUCUCGCCGGCCACCGGCAGUCCGCGAACCCUUGAAUGGGUCGACAACUGCACGGGCUUUGCCUGCGGCCCGGGUUGUUGGAAGACCCUCGACUCACGACGACAUCUGAUCUAUGUCUAG